AUGAGGGGAAACGACACGUCCGCUGCUUUCGAGACGACGACGGCGACCGUCGUCACCGAAGAGCAGCGGUCCUUGCGCCAAGUUCCGGCCACGGAGCUGCCCCCGUCGCUGGACCACGAGGCCGCAGCAGCAGUGCAGCGUCCCGACACGGCGAACGUGGACGUCAACGUGGCGCUUGGGGACGUUGCAGCGGACGAGGAAGAGGACGUGAUGGAAAUGAACGCUCGAGAACAAGAGCUGCUGGUGAACAUUCAAGAGCUGCAGCGCCAGUUGUCGAUGGUGCAGAUCCAAACGGAUAAACCGCAGGAAGAGAUUGUGCCACCGCUGAUGGACGCACGACACCGGUUGAUUAUGGUGUCGAAUCGACUGCCGAUUUCGUUUCAACGCAAUGAAGCGACGGGGGAGUGGAGCUUUACCAUGAGCUCGGGCGGACUCGUGACGGCGUUGAAUGGGAUUCGCGACCAAGUGCCGUUUAUCUGGAUUGGAUGGCUGGGCGAAGAGAUUCCCCAUGACGAACAGAGCAAAGUGCGGGAGAAGCUGGCCAAGGAGUUCAACUGCGUGCCGGUGUUUUUGUCAAAGGAAAUUGCUGCGCGCUACUACAACGGCUUUAGCAAUGACAUUCUGUGGCCCAUCUUCCACUACGUUCCACUCCCGCUCUUCCGACCAGGGAGCGAGAAGAAGUUUGAUUUUCGACAGUGGGAUGCCUACAAGCUGGCCAACAAGCGGUUUGCGCAGGCUGUGAACCAAGUGUAUCGGGAGGGGGACUUUGUGUGGGUACAUGAUUACCAUUUGAUGAUGCUGCCGUCGCUGCUACGGUCGCGGCACCCGCUCUGUAAAGUUGGCUGGUUUCUUCACACUCCUUUUCCCACGGAUGAAAUGUAUCGAACGCUGCCCGUGGGCGACGAGAUUCUAGAAGGUCUACUUGGCGCAGACUUGCUCGGGUUUCACACGUACGAUAAUGCCCGCCAUUUCAUUGCCGCCUGCGAACGUCUGCCAGGUGCAUCGACUUCUCCAAAAGGUGUGGAGCUUAGCAACCACUUUACGGCGAUUGGCGUGUUUCCUAUCGGGAUUGACCCGGAACACUUUGAGGAUACGUUGAACUCGGAGGCCACGCAAACACGCAUUCAAGAGCUGAAAGCCAAGUUCGCGGGAUGCAAAGUCAUCAUCGGAGUUGACCGGAUGGACUACAUCAAGGGCAUACCGCACAAACUACUCGCAAUGGAGCGAUUUCUGUCGUUGUAUCCAGAACGGUGCAAGAACGUCGUGCUUAUCCAGAUCGGCGUGCCGUCUCGCACGGGUGUACAAGAGUACCAGCAUCUCGCAGCAAGCGUGAACGAGAUGGUCGGUCGUAUCAAUGGCAGAUUUGGGACGCUGACGCAUUGUCCAGUGCACUACAUUCACCAGCCAGUGGCCCCCAGUGAACUGGUUGCGCUCUACAAUCUCGCUGAUGCGUGCCUCGUGACGUCCAUCCGUGACGGCAUGAAUCUCGUGAGCCACGAAUACGUGAUCUGUCAGUGUCAGCCGUGCGAGCCGCAUCGUGAAGGGCCAGGCGUGCUCAUCUUGAGCGAAUUUGCGGGCAGUGCCCAGUCGUUAUCAGGUGCGAUCCGUGUGAAUCCCUGGAAUACGACGGACGUGGCAAACGCGCUCGAGUUUGCACUGGAGUUGCCGCCCAUGGAACGCGAAUACCGUCAGACGAACCUGCAUCGCUACGUGAAGACGCACACUGCGAGUUUUUGGGGUCGGAGCUUUUUGUCCGAUUUGGAGGACGUGGUGUCGCGACCGCGGGCUACGGCGAAGAAUUAG